CAUGGAAGAGCUGAACCCCGCGGCCGCGGCGCCUUCCGCUACCGUGAAGAAGGAGGGCGACGGCAAGUGGAAGGUGGACACUUCGUACAUCGGCUACCGCACUGGGGACCCGGGCAACCUCGACAGAAAACUGGAGGCCGUGUCCGCGGCCACGUGCACCGCUGCGCCGCUGCUCCGCGCGGGCCGCCGUCGCCGCCGUCCACGCGCCGCGGCCAGUGAAGCGAUCGCAACCGACACUCGAUCGUCGUCGUCGUCGUCGUUGCCGUCGUCGUGUUCCCUGGCGGAGAGCGAGGAGCAGUAUGCCAACAAGGAGAAAACUGCAUGA